UUCCUUUGGUGAAUCGGUGUUAUAUUUGAGAUAAAAUCUUAUUUUAUUUUUUAAAAAAAUCUUGUUGGGCUUUCCGAUAGUAGUAGUAGUAGUAGUCAAGCCGAGCCGAUCCGAUGACGCGAGCCGAACCUUCCCCCAACAACACGCGCCCUUCCCCGGCGACCGUACCGUAUUAUCAUCCCCUCACCCUCCCACUCUUUCGCCUCGCCGUUUCUCUCUCUUUCUCUUUCUAUUUAUUUUCUCCCUCUAACCACCAAACCCUAAUUCCCAAUUUUUCCGAUGCCGGACUUCCACGAUUCCCUCACGCCGCCGUCGCGUCCAACCCCCGUCCGCGAGGAUUGCUGGUCUGAGGAAGCCUCCUCCACCCUCGUCGACGCCUGGGGGAGUCGCUACCUCGAACUCAACCGUGGAAACCUCCGUCAGAAGGAUUGGCAGGAUGUCGCCGACGCUGUCAACGCCCUCCAUGGCCACACCAAGAAAACCUUCCGCACAGAUGUUCAAUGUAAGAAUCGCAUCGACACUAUCAAGAAGAAGUAUAAGAUCGAGAAGGCUAGGGUUUCGUCUUCCAACGGUGUUGUUUCAUCUUCCUGGCCGUUCUAUGAACGGUUAGAUGCUCUGAUUGGUCCCAAUUUUAAUCCGAAGAAGUCUUCCUCCUCGCCUUCGCCAUCGCCGCCGAUUGCUCUCCCGUUGUUGCCGCAUCGGAAGAAUUCUUCUCCGUUUCCUGUGAUCGCCACGCCGCCGACUGCCGUGGCGCUGCCGCAGAAGCGGCCUGCGGCUACCGCGAUGGACGAUGGUUACUUCAGGAGGAAUUAUUCCGCUGUGGCGGCCGCUGCGGCAGCGGCGGAGGCUGAUGAGGAUGACGACGAGGAUGAGGAUGAUGAGGAGGAUAUGGAAGUGGAAGUGGAGGUGGAGGAGGAGGAAGAGGAGGAUGAAGAUGAUGGGAGGGGGAGUGAAGUGGAGGAAGCGGAGGGGGAAGGGUUGAGUAGGUUGGCGAAGGCUAUAGAGAGGUUUGGGGAAGUGUAUGAGAGAAUGGAGGAACAGAAAGUGAAACAGAUGGUGGAUUUGGAGAAACAGAGGAUGCAGUUUACUAAAGAUCUUGAGUUGCAGAGGAUGCAGAUGUUUAUGGACACACAGGUUCAGCUUGAGAGAAUUAAGCGCGGGAAACGAUCUGGGUCAAACGAUAUGUAUAGCUAGCCAAGUGGGAGAUGUUUCAGUGUUGGUGCUGGAAAGGCGUUUUUUGGUUAUAAGCAUGGCAAAAGUACAUACAUAUCUGCUUCACCUGAUACUACUGUCACGACGAGGGAAUCUCAAAUAGAAAUUUAUCCUGGAGUAAUUUUGGAUUCUUUUAGCUAGUAUUUAAUUUAGCCUUAUAAGUUAACUCAGCAACUGUACUAUGCCUAAUUUGGGCUUCGAUAUAGAGUUUGCUUUAACGUAUAACA